AUGCCGGCAAGGGAGGCGCGUAUGUCGUCGGCCCGCAGACGCCUGGUCUGGGCAACAGGGUUGACCAUCGUCGUACUGUCGUGGUUGCGACAUAACUUCAAGGAGGGCAAGCGCAUUGGCGGGACGAGCAUGAGGUCUCCCGGCGACGAUGACGGUAUCAAUAACGACGGAAGCACCCAACGUACCGAGCUCCGAGGAGUUCCGAUGAGCGAUUGCGCAUCUUGUGGUCGAGAUCGCGGCCAGUGGGAUGAGAGUGAUGAGCAGCAGCACCGCCAUCAGAGUGGCACGGGUGAUGGAUUGGUGUUGAUCAAAUCCUUCAAGACAGGGAGCACCACACUGGCGACCUACAUCGCGCAGGUUGGCCACCAGAGACGCUCCUACUUCUUGCACCCCAAGGCCACCGGCUGGUUCGGGCGGGGGGAGCUCGAUUCCCGGCGCGACAAGGGCCAGGCGUUCGAUAUAAGCCUUCGACACGUGACGCCGAACACCCCGUACGGCGUGUUGGAGGAGCUGGUGCCCGGGGCGGCCUUCGUGACGAUAAUGCGCCGCCCCGCCGAGCGCUUUCUGUCGCUCUUCAACUUCCGAGGGGAUAUCAAGAAUAAAUACAAGACCCCACAAGCGCUGGUGACCGAGAUUCGUGCCGGAAGAGUGCCUCAAGGUGAUGCCCGACCGUUUUGCAACCAGCUCGCGUGGCUCAUGUCCGGGCGGGACGUCGACUUCACGAAGAUCGUGGAUGCGGAAAAAGCUCGAAGGGUGGCCAGCGAGGUCAUGGAGGAGGCUGAGAGACACGGCGUGGUGGUGCUCAUCACGGAAAGGAUGACAGAAUCCGUCGCCGUCCUGGCGCAUCUCAUGCAAUGGGACAUGGACACGAUCGAGCUCAACGUUGGGUCCCAAAGAGUGCAGGACGCAGGGCGUGGCUACUUUUCCUGCCCCGCCGCUGACACCAACAACAAGUGCAUCAGCGCCAUCAGAGGGUGUAACCUGGUCGACGAGGUGCUGUACGAGCACUACGAGCGACAGUUCGAAACCCUAGUGCGCGCGUUGCCUUCCCGAACGUCAGAGCGGGUAGCCGCGAUGCUGGGCGGUGAUCCCAAGGCCAAGCACGCGAUGUCAAAGUUGGAUGGCGGGAAGUUUCCGGUCAACUGCAUCAGCAGCAGCCCCGGAGCGGAAAGACGCACCGGGCGGGGCAACGGUGGCGGGGGCGGUGACGGAUUGGCAUCACCCGAAUCCAGCGAAGAGCUCUACCGCCGUCUUCACUCGUGCAACGGCCGUCCUCGAUGACACCGAUGUGUUUCGCAGCGGCCCGGCUCGCUCAGGAGGUCUGUUGCUCGCAACGCCUUUCGGCGUGCAAUUCUGUACACACGUGUGCACUGUAACUCGUGUCUUCUUCAGUUUAGACUACAUUGUAGACCGGCGCCGACUUCCUUCCAAGGAGAGAUGCGAAUGGCGAUGGAGACCGCACCACACGCUCCGGUGAUGCGGUUAGGGUUAGGCAGCGAUGUGGCCGGGCGUGA